CAGAUGAUGCUGUAUGCUCUUAAACUGGGGGGGUAGUGGGGGCAGCGGAGCAAGCUCGGCCAUCUCUAUUCCAGGAAUCACCACUUCCUACUCGCGCGCCACCGACACUUCCGCUUCCGUCUGUGUCAGGGCCUUGCCAGCCCAGCCCCUGAAUUCGGAGGUUCCAAAACUGUCUGGAGCUCCUCCCGCUCGGAGGCGGGUGAGGAUGGAACUGUGUAGGGGCGCAGAGUGAGAGAGAGGACUCAGAUCCCCCCCAAUUCCGCACAUGCCAGCAGGAACUGCAGAAACAAGAGCAAAGCUGUGGAAAGAGCAAAGUGCCCGCCCAAGGUUUCAGCUGCGGUUCGCUGGUCAGCGGCAGGAUGACCUCCUCCCCUCCCCGCGAACUGUGGGGCAGGUACUUUUAUUAAUUCCGGAGGGAUAAAUCUUUGUUCACAAAAGGACUGUUCUCCGCUAGCUACAAGGGAAAACAAACCACUGAGGAUUAGAACAAAGACGCAACUGCUUUGCCUUUUUUUUUUUUUAAAUUUGGAGGCAGCGGGCGCCAAUGUGCCCCUUCCAGAAGUGAAGCAUAGGAGGAGCGUGGACAGACUCCCUCUUUGGGACGCGGCGGUGUGACUAGCUCGCCCCAGGCAGUGCACUUGUGCCUGGGACAGGGAAAUGGAUUGAGCCCCAGUGUGUGUUGCACUUUUCAGGGCACCCGGGCGCAUGAAAACUCCAGUGGACUCUUUUGGGAAGGAGAACAUGCCCCCCAAGUCUCUUUGCAACCUCUCCCAGACCGCGGACGAGAAUCCAAGCGGCUUCGUUCCCGGGGUGUCGGAGAGGGACUUCCUGCCCGCCUCGGACGGGACCAGCGCCAAGUUCGCGAUCCGCUGCGCGAUCGCGUCCCUCUACCUGCUCAUCAUCACGGUGGGCUUGCUGGGCAACAUCAUGCUGGUGAAGAUCUUCAUCACCAACAGCGCCAUGAGGAGCGUCCCCAACAUCUUCAUCUCUAACCUAGCCGCUGGGGACUUGCUCCUGCUGCUCACCUGCGUCCCGGUGGAUGCCUUGCGCUACUUCUUUGACGAGUGGAUGUUCGGGAAGGUGGGCUGCAAGCUGAUCCCGGUCAUCCAGCUCACCUCCGUGGGGGUUUCCGUGUUCACUCUCACAGCGCUCAGCGCCGACAGGUACAGAGCCAUUGUCAACCCCAUGGACAUCCAAACGUCCAGGGCGGUGGGGUGGACCUGUGUGAAGGCGGUGGGGAUCUGGGUGAUCUCCGUGCUGCUGGCGGUCCCAGAAGCCGUGUUUUCGGAAGUGACAAGCAUUGAUAGCUUGGAAAAUGCCACCUUCACGGCGUGCAUACCCUACCCUCAGACGGACGAAUUACACCCAAAGAUUCAUUCGGUGCUCAUCUUCUUGGUCUAUUUCCUCAUACCACUUGCUAUUAUUAGCGUUUAUUAUUAUCAUAUUGCAAAGACCUUAAUUAAAAGUGCACAUAAUCUUCCUGGAGAAUACAAUGAACAUGCUAAAAAACAGAUGGAGACACGGAAGCGCCUGGCUAAAAUUGUGCUGGUCUUUGUAGGCUGCUUUGUCUUCUGUUGGUUUCCAAAUCACAUUCUCUACAUGUAUAGGUCUUUCAAUUAUAAUGAGAUUGACCCAUCUCUAGGCCACAUGAUUGUCACCUUAGUUGCCCGUGUUCUGAGCUUUUGCAAUUCUUGUGUCAAUCCAUUUGCUCUUUAUCUACUCAGUGAAAGCUUCAGGAGACAUUUCAAUAGCCAGCUCUGCUGUGGGAGGAAGUCCUAUCAAGAGAGAUCAACCAGCUACUUUCCCAGCUCUUCUGCAGUGCGUAUGACAUCUCUGAAAAGCAAUGCUAAGAACAUGAUGACCAAUUCAGUUUUACUAAAUGGGCACAGCAUGAAGCAGGAAAUGGCAUUGUGAUUUGAGCGAUUCAACUCACUACCUGGAAAGAACUUACCUUUCUAUCUCUAUUGAGCAGAGCAGAAACAAUUUCCUCAUUCUUACUAUUGCUCAGCUAAUUCAUGAGGUGAUUUCAUGAUUGACUCAGAAAAGGCAAGACAAACACAGCUAGCAUUCUUCUCUGAGCAGGACUUUAAAUUACAUUGAAAAAUAUAUAUCUCACAUUAAAAGUCAUCCAAGAUGCAAUUCUACAUAUGUAUAAAUUAAUAUUGCUUCAGGAUUUAAGCUGUUGUUAGAGCCAACACUAGUGUAUUUAUCUUAAAUUUGUUUCAUCUUGAAGCAUGAAAUGAAUUCCUAAAUUGACUUGAUGAUUCAGUGAGGAUAAUAUUCAAACUCCUAUUAUUUGAAAUACAAGUCAUAUUUUCCUGGUGAAUUUUAUUCAUAACCAGAGCAUGUAUUUAUCUCCUUUGUUUAAAUAAAAUAGAAAAUUCAAAAGGUAGAGCUUAAUCACAAGUCCAUAUUUAUUUAUUGUGAUUCUUUGUGUGAUUAAUCAUAAUUUAUAGAGACAGCUUAUGUCUGUAACUUUUAGGUGUGUGAUUAAAAGGUAUGAUGACAUUUGAUUAUGAAUAGUAAAAUAGAUAUCAUAUGAAUAUGAUUGAUUUUACAUUAGUUAUCAUAUGUCCCCAAACUAUGACUUAGAAAAUGGCAUGGCCAUUUUUGUAUACAUUGCUAAAUCCCUGGAUAUUUAGAUGUUUCUUAUAGAUACGAUAAUUAGUAUAAUUCUGGUGAAUUCAAUCAUUUACUCAUCCUCUCUUGCAACAGCCAUCUCACAUCAUUUAAGCAAGUUUACUCUGUGUAGUACCACAGUUUUUUCUGAAUAAGUAUUUUAGAUAUUUCACCAAAAUGCAAACAUGGCCUUGAUUAAAUUCUAAAAGCUACCCUUCUUAAAUUUGUAUCAGUAAGUCUAACAUUUGAAUUAAUAUAUUUCAUACUAUUUCUCUUUCCAAAUUUGCUAAAUGGAAAAUUCUAUUAAUAUACUAAGCUCUUUCUUAAACACCCCUAAGCCAUACUCUUUAAGAUGUGAAAUAUUCAAUCGUAUGUAGCAAUGGGAAAAAUAAACACAAGCAAACUGCCUAUCGUGGUUGAUAAUAAUAAUGGUAGUGAACAUUAAUCAAGUGUUUUCCCUGUUCUAGGCAUAAUCCUAAAGCUUUAUCUUUUUUAUUUAUCUAAUUUAAUACUCAGUAUAAACCCUAACAUGAAAAAGAGAAAGAUCAAUUUUUGGUAGGCCAUGAAGUUACACAAUUUGAGGAAUAUCUCUAUUAAAAAUACACAAUUUUGCAAAUUUUACACAAUUAUACCCCAUCACAUAAACACAUUGCCAGGGCACUGAACUUAGGCUUUAUUCACUUUAUGGUAAGUUCAUCUCUGAAAUAUAUCCUUUCAUUAUCUUUAUUUUAUAGAUUAGAAAAUUGAGAUCAGAAAUAUUAAGAAAGUUAAAGAGGAUUUACACAGCCUUGUGGGAAAGGUGAGAUCUAAAACCAGAUGCUUCACCAUGGUGCAUGCUCCCACUAUUCCAUCACAACUCAGUUGUAACUCUCUUCUAUCUGGAUUAGUUGUCCUUAACCUUUGCAAAAGUUGUUGAUCUACUCAUCACAAAGGUGCAAAAUAUUACACACAAAUUUUACAUGGAUUCUGAGUGUCUUUAAAUCUUUUAAGGCUCAUCCAUUAAAAUCUAAAGAACCAAGGGUAAUCCUUGGUCCAUGCAGAAUCUUUCUCUUUGCUAGUAUUAAGGUGAUGGUGAAAGUAAA